AUGAUAAAGAUAAAUAAAAAUCUAAUUACAACAACCUUAUAUAAAAAUUUAUGUAUAAAUAAUUAUAAACAAUGUUUUUAUAGUACAUUUAAUAAUAUUUACAAUACUACUAGUUAUAAUAAAAAAACCAAUGAUAAUAAUAAAAUAAUCAAUAAUUGUUAUAAAAAAAGAUUUUAUUUAUCACCACCUCCACCAUUAUUCAAAAAUGUCAGUAAUAUAGAAACAUCAAGUGAACCAAUUGAUAGUUCGGUUAAUAAAGAUGAUUUAGAAAUUAAAGAUCCUUCAAUUAUUUUUAAUACUGUUUGGAAUAAAAUGGAACAAAAAUAUGGAAAAGAGAAUAUGAAAUUUCCACAAGAAAUUAUUUUAGUUGCUGGUGCACCAGGUUCAGGUAAAGGUACCAACACUCCAUUUAUAUGUUCAGUAAGAGGCAUCAGUUCAACACCAGUUGUAAUGUCAUCAUUAUUAAAUAAUACAGAGGCAAAAGCAAUAAAAUCAACAGGUGGUAUGGUUAGUGAUUCGUUUGUAUUUCAAACCAUUUUAGAAGAAUUAAGAAAACCAGAAUACAGAUCAGGUGUUGUUGUUGAUGGGUUUCCAAGAACCACAAUUCAAGUAGAGUUGGCCAAUUCGUUAUAUGAAAAAAUGAAAGAGAUGAGAAAGGCAUUUUUUAAUACACCAAUAGCACAUGGCUUUCCAAGACCUAUUUUCAGAGUAACAGUAUUGUUUGUUGAAGAAAAAGAAUCAAUUGAUAGACAAUUGAGAAGAGGAGAAAUCACAAGAGACACCAAUAAGAAAUUAAAAGAGCAAGGAUUACCAUUGUUGGAAGAAAGAGAUACAGAUUUAUCAGAAGAAGCGGCAAGAAAGAGAUAUAAAAUCUUUAGAGAUCAUUAUUCAACUCUUCAAACAUUGAAAAAACAUUUUCCAUUCUCAAUUAUCGAUGCAUCAAAAACAUUGGAUAAGGUUCAACAGGCCAUUCUCAAAGAGUUCAAAUAUCAAUCCUCAUUGGAACUCACUCAAGAAACUUAUGAUUUAAUUCAACGUAUACCAUUAGUGACUGAACUAACUCAACAUGCCAGAGUAGAUUUAAUCCAACGUUUAGAUAACUAUCAAAAUAGACACACAGAUUUAUUUACUUCGGUAGUUCAUGUAGUAGAAAAAGAAUUUAUUCCAACUAUUCGUCGUCAAGCUAUUGCCGGUAGUGCCUUAAUUAGAGUAAAUAAUAGUAUUUUCUCUUCACCAUUAGCAAUAGAUAUGGCAUUGGACGUUUUAUCCGAACGUGGUUUCCGUGCUACUAUCGAUAUUCGUACAACCUAUAUUCCAAUACGUAUUGACCCUACAACUUAUGAAAUUACAAAUUUAUCUCAAACUGAAUAUCAAUUUAAAGUAGAUUUCGAGAAACCUGUAAUAAGAGAUUAA